AGCUAAUGGGGGUCCCCCGAGGGCGCCUCCCAGAGGCUGCAGAGAAAUGGGGUCGCACCGUGAACUUGGGGGGUGGGGGGCAAGCCACCGAACAGAAGUAGACAAACGGAGGAACAAGACUGUCUUUGACCUUAGAAUGUUACUUUACCAGCCAAUAUGGGUUUACUUGGGGGAUAACCGCGACUUGCAGUCUGGGACAAGCCAGCUACAGCAAAAAUCAUUGGCGAGUCCAAUAAAAGAGAAGAUAAUUUUAUGGAGAAAGAGGAGGAAGUUGGGAGGGGUUGUUUUGAAUGGAAAGUCUGUUGGAAGAGCGCAAGAGUUCAGGGUGUUGAUGGUUUCUCCCUGGCCGAGUUGUGGGGUGGUCCUUUUCUUGUAGGAGAUGCGGCUGUACCUCCUUCCCUGUUGCCACCUGUAAUUGAUGAUUCUUUCCUGCUGGUAGUUCUUUUGGAGCCUCUAAUUGACAGUUCCUGUACUGACCUCAGAUGGUAUCCUCAUAGAGCUCUCAUCCUUCCAGCCUCCUAGCUCCAUCUUAGUGAGAUUUCUCUUCGUUAAUGGAGACUGACAGAUGCACAGAGACGGAGGCAGUGACAUAGGGAGAACCUGGCAAAAGCUGAUGGGGGGACUGAGAAAGGGGAAGAGCCUCCAAGGAAAGAGACUUGGAGAGGAAGCCGGAUGUGGGAAGUGAAUGAGAUGGAUGGGAGCUGGGUGAUUUGGGCAGACCGAUGAAGAGAGCCGUCCGAGUGUGGAAACAUGGGGCUCGGGAGAGCGAGUGCAUUUGGUGUUCCGGACCUGAAAACCCAGGAUGGACUGGCAUCUGUCCCAGAAAUCACUGCAGGAGUCGUGAGGGGCCCUGGGUAUCACCAGCUUGAGCCAGUCCCUGGGCACCUUUGUCAUUGCCCGUGGUCAUCCUGGACCAUCAAUGAGGAGGGAGAUUGUCUCUUUGAAGAGGGAGUGGUUCUCUCCCUGCUACUUUAGGACAGAGCUGUGAUAACCACAGCAUGCCUCCUCCCAGAACGAAGGAGGGCGGGGAUCACAGAGGCCGACUCUGGGAUCCCAGCGAGGAGGAGGCCCUCGAGAAAUGGGACUGGAAUUGUCCAGAGACACGACGCAUUUUCGAGGAUGCCUUUUUCCGUGACGAGGAUUAUAUACGUCAGGGUUCGGAGGAGUGCCAGAAGUUCUGGGCCUUCUUUGAACGCUUGCAGAGAUUCCAGAAUCUCAAGGCCACCAGUAAGGGGGAGAAAGCCCCAGCGCGUCCCCAGCACAGCAUCCCAGCCCUGGCUGACCUACCUCGCACUUACGACCCACGCUACCGCAUCAACCUCUCGAUUCUGGGCCCCGACACCCGGGACUCCCGGGGGCUAGCCAGGCAGCCCCCGGAGAGAGUGGCCGAGUUCCGCCGAGCCCUGCUGCACUACCUGGACUUCGGCCAGAAGCAGGCGUUCAGCCGGUUGGCCAAACUGCAGCGCGAGCGGGCGGCGCUUCCCAUCGCCCAGUACGGGAACCGGGUCCUGCAGACGCUGAAGGAGCACCAGGUGGUGGUCGUGGCCGGGGACACAGGCUGUGGCAAGUCCACCCAGGUGCCCCAGUACCUGCUGGCCGCUGGCUUCAGUCACGUGGCAUGCACCCAGCCCCGGCGGAUCGCCUGCAUCUCCCUGGCCAAGCGUGUCAGCUUCGAGAGCCUUAGUCAGUACGGCUCACAGGUUGGCUACCAGAUCCGCUUUGAGAGCACGCGGACAGCGGCCACCAAGAUCGUGUUCCUGACAGUGGGGCUGCUCCUGCGGCAGAUCCAGCGGGAGCCCAGCCUGCCCCAGUACCAGGUCCUCAUAGUGGAUGAAGUCCACGAACGUCACCUCCACAACGACUUCCUCCUGGGUGUCCUCCGGCGCCUGCUGCCCCAGCGGCCCGACCUCAAGGUCAUCCUCAUGUCAGCCACCAUCAACAUCUCGCUCUUCUCCAGCUACUUUGGCAAUGCCCCGGUGGUACAGGUGCCCGGGAGGCUGUUCCCCAUCACGGUUGUGUACCAGCCACAGGAGGCCGAGCCACCAGCAUCCAAGUCUGAGAAGCUGGACCCCCGGCCUUUCCUCAGGGUGCUGGAGGCCAUUGACAACAAGUACCCCCCCGAGGAGCGGGGCGAUGUCCUCGUCUUCCUCAGCGGCAUGGCAGAGAUCAGCUCGGUCCUGGAGGCCGCCCAGGCGUACGCCGGCCGCACCCAGCGCUGGGUGGUGCUGCCGCUGCACAGCGCCCUCUCCGUGGCCGACCAGGACAAGGUAUUCGAUGUGGCCCCCCCUGGAGUUCGGAAAUGCAUCCUCUCCACCAACAUCGCUGAGACUUCUGUCACCAUUGAUGGGAUCCGCUUUGUUGUCGAUUCUGGGAAGGUGAAGGAGAUGGGCUACGACCCACAGGCCAAGCUGCACCGGCUGCAGGAGUUCUGGAUCAGUCAGGCCAGUGCCGAGCAGCGCAAGGGCCGGGCCGGCCGCACAGGCCCCGGCGUCUGCUUCCGGCUCUAUGCUGAGUCUGACUACGACGCCUUCGCCCCCUACCCCGUCCCGGAGAUUCGGAGGGUAGCGCUGGAUGCGCUGGUGCUGCAGAUGAAAAGCAUGAGCAUGGGGGACCCGCGAACCUUCCCUUUCAUUGAGCCUCCGCCACCAGCCAGCCUCGAAACGGCCAUCCUCUAUCUCCGGGACCAGGGGGCCCUGGACAGCUCCGAGGCCCUUACCCCCAUCGGAUCCCUGCUGGCUCAGCUGCCUGUGGAUGUCGUGAUUGGGAAGAUGCUGAUCCUGGGCUGCAUGUUCCACCUGGCGGAGCCCGUGCUCACCAUCGCGGCUGCCCUCAGUGUCCAGUCACCCUUCACCCGCAGCGCCCAGAGCCACCCGGAGUGUGCGGCGGCACGGCGGCCCCUGGAGAGUGACCACGGGGACCCCUUCACGCUCUUCAACGUCUUCAACGCCUGGGUGCAGGUGAAAUCUGAGCGGAGCAGAAACUCACGCAAGUGGUGCCGCCGUCGGGGUGUAGAGGAGCACCGGCUGUACGAGAUGGCCAACCUGCGGCGCCAGUUCAAGGAGCUGUUGGAGGACCACGGGCUGCUGGCCCGGGCACAGGCCGCGACACCAGGCGACAGCUCGCGCCGGCUGCAGGAACGCCGGGAGCGCAGGGAGCUGUACCGUCUGAAACGCCAGCAUGAGGAGGGCGGGGGGCGGCGGCGCAAGGUGCUGCGGCUGCAGGAGGGCGUGGACGGCGGCUCCAGCGACGAGGACCGGGGGGCUGGUGAUGGCGUGGACAUCCAGGAUGUGAAGUUUCAGCUGCGACACAGCCUGGAUCAGCUACAGGCAGCCACCAGCUCGGCCCAAGACCUGACACGGGACCAGAUGGCGCUGCUCAAGAUGGUGCUGGGCCGGGGCCUCUACCCGCAGCUCGCCGUCCCGGACCCGUUCAACAGCAGCCGCAAGGACUCGGACCAGAUCUUCCACACGCAAUCCAAGCAGGGGACCGUGCUGCACCCCACCUGCAUCUUUGCCAACAGCCCAGAGGUACUGCACACGCAAGAGCAGGCGGCCAGGGGCGGCGAAGCCAGCCGAGAUGACAAGGACAAGGUGAGCAGCAAGCACCAGCUCCUCGUCUUCGUCUCGCUGCUGGAGACCAACAAGCCCUACCUGGUGAACUGUGUCCGCGUCCCUGCUCUGCAGUCCCUCCUGCUCUUCAGCCGGUCCCUAGACACCAACGGCGACUGCUCGCGCGUGGUGGCUGACGGCUGGCUGGAGCUCCAGCUUGCGGACAGUGAGAGCGCGCUCCGGCUUCUGGCAGCUUCUGUGCGGCUCCGGACCCAAUGGGAAAGCAUCCUGGACCGGCAGCUGGCCCAUCAGGCCCAGAGGCAGCGGCCAGAGGUGGACGAAGGGGAGGACGCGGCGGCUCCGGGGGACCGCAGGGAGGUGGCAGACCUGAGCCGGGACCUGCUGCGGUUCGUGGCAUCUGAGGUUCCCUACAGCCUCCGGCGGCUCACAGGGCUGGAAGUCCAGAACCUAUAUGUGGGACCCCAGACCAUCACCGCUGCCCCCAGUCUCCCGGGUCUCUUUGGCAGCUCUACCCUCUCCCCCCACCCCACCAAAGGGGGCUACGCAGUCGCUGACUUUCUCACCUACAACUGCCUUGCGAGUGACACGGACCUGUACAGUGACUGUCUCCGCACCUUUUGGACCUGCCCCCACUGCGGCCUGCACCUGCCCCUGACGCCCUUGGAGCGCAUCGCCCACGAGAACACGUGCCCUGAGGCCCCGCAGGACGGCCCGCCAGGGGCAGAGGAAGCCGCCCCUGAACCCGUCCAGAAGACGUCUGCCCUGCAGAGGCCCUACCACUGCGAGGCCUGCCAGAAGGACUUUCUGUUCACGCCAACAGAGGUGCUGCGCCACAGGAGGCAGCACGUCUGCAUGCCUAAGAACCGGAGGGUGACGCCGUGAACCUUGAUGCUGGCAAAUUCCACGGCUCAGGUGAAAGAGAAAAGCGAAAGAUGCAGGCGACCAACGCUCGCUGCAGAGGAGGGAGGGAGAGCUGUGGCGUGAGCGUGGUCCCCGCGGGACCGGAGCAGCGGGAAAGGCUCCCGCCGGCCCCAGUCGGGGGUCUACAGAAAGGACAGCAAGUGCGUCAUGGCCUGGGGGGCCUUGUUCUAGGAACAGCGUUGGCUUAACCUUUGAAGACCAGCCCGCGGGAUUCUAAUAUUAAAACCUGAGCGCAUCAGACAACUGCAACACCCCGUGGCCCUGGGGAGACCCUCAGCCUCUCUGCUGUGCUCUGCCCUUUCUCUCUCUGACCAAUGAGCACAGCCCCAC